GCUCUGCUGACUGAAGCGCGAGCACGUCUCAUAACUUCGACAUGGCUUGGCUGAAGCUUUCAAUCGGCGUUCUCCUUUUUGGACUGGCAACGGCGACUCCGACACGUAACCUCCAGCGGGAAGGAGUUGAUACCUUUAGGACGAUAGGCGCCUUUCGCAAGGUUGUCGCCAUUUCCACAUCGACAAACGACACUUCCUUCAAGUGCUUGACUGCCAUACGUACAAACUACGACGCCGAAGCCAAGACGGCUACAUAUGUCUGGCUUCUCAGAGGACAUGGAGGCACACAAAGGAGGAAUGUCACAUUCACCAUUUCAGCCGGAACUGUUCCACAUCAGGCGAACUAUUUUGUCGAUGCUGAUAACAGUCGGGUCUACACAGGCUACACCCACUUACACGGACUUCCAGAACUGCCUGGUUACGACGAUCACAUACCGGGACCACGAUCACUGCUUGCUGUGGGUCAAGAGGUCUGUGGCUCAUGCGGUUCCCCAAAACUGCCUGGACAACUACGAAGCGAAGUGUGACGUCAGAGUCCCCAUCUUCGACAAUGAUCUGUGUAACGACGAUGAAGGAAGCGAAAGUUAAAAGAAAACUACAACGGGCAUUUAGGCUGGGCACAUCGUUUCUGACACGUUCAACAAGCGUGUGGAAUGAAGAAAUUUCGUCAUUCACCGUCUUGACGUGUCCUAGCAUCGAACAGAUUACCUAGCGAUCAGCGAAUAUUUAUCAGUAAACCACAUAUUAAAGGUCAGUU